CAUGUUUAAUCAGAGUGUUUUGUUGCCACGCUCUCUCGGCGCAUCAUUACGCCAUCGCCCGACAAAUCUAUAUAGUCGUCUAGCUCUUCCCGUCAUUGCAACUGCAUCAAGAACAUUCACGACCUCACGAUCUACACAUUUUGCAGCCAGCACACCUCAACUGAAAAAGUCAACUACUAAAAUGGCGGCCGAAAACAGCAACACCAACUUCACCUUGGAGAGCCUUUUCAAUGUCAAGGACAAGGUGGCCCUCAUAACCGGCGGCGGCAGCGGAAUCGGUCUGAUGGCCACGCAGGCGCUCGCCACCAACGGCAGCAAAGUCUACAUCACAGGCCGCACGUCGGAGAAGCUGCAGCGCGUGGCGGAGCUGUACGGCAAGUCGACUAAGGGCGAGAUCAUCCCCCUGACGGCGGACGUGACGGACAAAGCCAGCAUCCAGAAGCUGGUGCAGGAGAUCUCGUCGCGCGAGUCGCGACUGGACAUCCUGAUCAACAACGCGGGCAUCAGCAGCAGCACGCAGACGACGGAGCACGAGAACGCCGAGGACCUGAGCAAGGCGCUGUUCGACGAGAGCUCCUCACCCGAGGAGUGGGAGAGCGUCUACCGCACCAACGUCGUGCACCCGUACCUGGUCACCUCGGCUUUCUUGCCGCUGCUGCAGAAGGGCAGCGAGCAGGCCAAGGGCUGGAGCAGCACCGUCAUCAACAUCACCAGUAUCUCCGGCAUCGUCAAGGUCAGCCAGCACCAUUUCGCGUACAAUGCCUCCAAGGGCGCCGCAAUCCAUCUGACCAAGAUGCUGGCGCAUGAGAUCGCCAGCUCUGGUCUGCGCAUCCGCGUCAACAACAUCGCCCCCGGUGUGUUCCCCAGUGAGAUGACCGCCGGCGAAAGUGAUGAAAAGCAGAAGAGUUCCUUGGAGAAGGAGAAGUACGAGGGCAAGGUCCCCGCUGCGCGCCCCGGUAAGGAUGAGGAUAUGGCCAGUGCUGUGUUGUUCGCUUCUACCAAUCAGUAUUUGAACGGGCAGACUAUUGUUGUGGACGGAGGAUACGUCCUUGCUGCGGGAACUAUCUAAAUGUUCACUGUGGGUAUGAUUAAUGUCUUGUUAUGAGAAUGUUAAUAGUAUGUCAAUAAUGGAUAGUGGAAUGGGUUGAUUUCCCAUAUUUAACG